ACACCUAGAUAUGUUUCCAUAUUGCUGAUUAGUCAAACUCUCAUCAACUAUGAAUGAAGUGAAGAAACGGUAUUGAUUUUUAACUAAAGUAAAACAUAUAAAAUAAAAUCUCUACAAGGCACGCUGCGCUUAGUCAUUUUAGAUUUACGUUACGCUGAAAGAAAGAUAUUGAAGUUAGUGUAACACUGAAUUAGCACACAUUUAUUAUCUGCUGUACUAACUUUAAGAGAAAUAGGAUGAAAACAUAUGCGUUUUAUUUUAUAUUCCCGUAUGUUGGUGUCUUGAUUUCAUUCAACAUUUUCAACGUUCAUUCGUUUAAAAAUGAAAUCAGCGAUACAUCAAGAAGGAACUUUACAAACGAACCAGAGAAUAGAAAUGAAGCCAAAUUGGAGAUUUUAGAGCAGACUGUUGAGGCACUGCAAGUUCAGAUGAGGAAUCUGACACGUUCUAUAAAGGAUAUUUCAAGAGAUCAGAUAAAAAUCAAGGAUAACCACGUUGUGUUUUAUGCCAGGCUGUCAAGUACAAUUAUCCUGAAUACAUACUCAAUUGUAAAAUUCAAUGAUGUUGUUAUUAACGUAGGAAAUCACUACAACUCAGGGGAUGGAAUAUUUGUAGCACCAGUCGCCGGAGUUUAUCAGUUCUCAUGGAUGACAUUGACGGAUAGCGGAGAUCAUGUGUAUACUGAACUGAGGGUAGAUAAUGUCGUUAUCGAUAAACUUGCUAUUAAUCUUGGUUCAGCUGCCGGUACGAUUCCAGCAACUAGAGUGACGGUCUGUAAAGUAGAGAAAGGAGACCAUGUAUGGAUACAAACAACAGGGACCGGUGGUACUAAUUUUUUCGUGGUGGGAAGUGCCGCUCAUAGCUCCUUUAUGGGGCUUUUGUUGUUCGAAACAUAAGUAUACAAGCAGAUAAACAACCCUGUUUCAUUCGGUAUAUGAUUUCUCAUGUUUCAGCCAAUCUUUAAAUAUAAACUCAAAUUGACACAAGCUUGGAAGUUGAGAUGAUUAAAGUUUACAUUACAUUGUUUUUGUAUAUUAGGACUGAAAAUUGCAUUUUUGCUAUAACAGUACAGAUUUGUCAGCUUAUGCAUAAUUUAUUCAAUAUUAUGAAUACUUUACUUAGAAUGUAUGUUUUCUGUAACAUUUUCUCUUUUCUUUUUUCUUUUUUCGAAUGGU